GCUGUCAGUCAGUCAGUUUCCGACCAACCAACCAGGCAGCAGCUUGUACUGGUACGGGAAUCGCCGCGCGUUCGAGAACAAACUUCCCCACGAUCGACGACGACAGACAACGACCCCCGAAAGAAACAACGGACAAAAAGAAGACUGUGUAAAACUUUGCCUAGCUGGAAACGAAGUGCGAAACAAUCAUAAUUUUCGGUGUGAUUCGUGAGUGCGCGAUUUCGAAUUCGAGAACAACGAAAUUGCAGUGAAGUGGCGUUGGGAUUUGUUAGGAAUCGGGAAACCAAAAAGUGCGUGAAAUUAUUCGGUUUAGUUCAGCAGGCGUUCUUCGCGACCAAAAAAACGACCGACGAAAAGUGCGAACGAAAGAAAGGAGACGGGAUUGCGUUGGUGUGAGUGUUGCACAUAGAAGAUGAAUGCGUCGUCCCGUCCCGAUGGAUACCGAUCUGAAGAAGUCGUGGAUUCUUUGGAUUAUGAAUAAUCUAUGGUUUCGUGUGUGAAGAAGAGCCGGGAUUAUCGCUAAAGUGUAUUACCGACGUGGGUGGAGUUGCGUUAUUUUUACGGUUAUAUUCAAACGAAACGACAUUAUUUUUUUUUGUUUUCGGGUGCAUGUGCCUCCUGAAGAACUCGACGAUGGGAAAGUGUGUAAAAUUACGGAAAAAUCCAAAAUAGAAGUACAGAUACGGAUGAUGUGAUCACCGAGACGACGACGAAGAAAAUCUUCCAUCGAGACGCGAGAGACAACGGGGCGCAAAACCGUGUUGAAAGUGUGAGUGUUUGUGUUGGCCGCCCCGCGUGAACGACAGUGGCCAUCAGAAGGAAGAAUCCCAGUAAAAGGCCACUGCUUCUUGUGUUUCACCGUCUUCAUCAACAGUAGCAGCAGUAGCAGCACGGCCAGUGAAAUUUUCAUUUUCCGUAAAACCGCCAGUUUCCACACUUAUAGUUUUUGGUUGGCGCGGGCGCGAGUAGUGGCUAUUUUUGGUUCCAAGGAAAAUUUCCGUGUUUCGUGUGCGAAAUUUGCGCCCGUUUUUCCAUCGUUCAAGGUGAACGGCAAGAAGGAAGGAAGUUAGGUGGAAGUGCUCUGUGCAAAACUGUCCGCGUUUAGUGCUCGCUCUGCGGAGAAGAAUACGUUGCUAGAUUUUGCCGAGUGUUGUGUGUGAUCAAAACAUAAAAACAAAGAAGAAAACGACGACGACAACGACGGUGAUCUUCGUUUUGGUUGCGGCAUACAAGUAGACACUACUACCAGCGAAGGAAGCUCAGCCAGUCAGUCAGCGCAGCUCAGCCUCAACAACAUUGGGAAAGGUGUGCUUCUUGCUUUGGGCUGUUGUAGCGAAGACCAGAGCUGAGAAAGCCUCUGAAGAUAUACAGAAAAAAAGCGAAACGCGUUCGUUCAAAAGUUCGAUCUUCCCCAGCUCAGGACGGUGGCCCAAGAAGAGCCCCACUGGCUGCUAGAAUAGUUUCGUUGAAGCUAGCAGGAAAAGCGGGGAAAAGACAGCGAGGCGCGAGGGUGACUGGGAGCCGGUUGGAAGAAAGAGCCAGUCAGGAAAUAACAAUUUAAUUGUUCUCAACUCGAUUCCGAACGCAAUUGGGAUUGGGUUGAUGGGUCUACUACAGCUGUGAGUGGGUCUUCUCUACACACGCCAAAGGCCCAGCAACGAAGGGGAGAGGCGAACGUCGAUUGGAAUUUCUGUUUGUGGACUGUCCGGCUCGAAUCGAUUUUUGUGUGGUGCGUUGCCGAUUGCUGGUUCAGGAACGAUAACGAUUCAAGGUUUGGCUGACACAUCUUGUUACAACUUGGACGAACACCGACAAGAAGGAGGAAGCAAUCGUUCCAUAUUUGGAAGAAACAAUAAGAGAAUCGCAGCAACCUUGCCAACGACAACAACGACGAGAUAAGACGUCGACGCACAGCGAGAGAGAGAGAACGAGGAGGCCUACUUGGAUCAGGGUUCGGAGCCUUCGAACACCCUCACAUAACGAGACUUACGAGAUUACGUGGACGCGUGGCCUAGAGCGCGCAAUAUGACAGUUCGACGGCUCGGACGGGUGCCCUUGCCUUUGGGAAUGGCUCGGUGAUGAAUCACAGCCCCCAACUGGACUCGAAUCGCAGCAAUCGCGCCGAGCCCUUCACCGUAAAGGCGUCGUAAAAUGUAGCCGCCGGCUUCGGGGUUAAUCCCACAGUGUGCCUGUUACGUUUUAUUACGUAAUUGCCCGUGGCCUCUCCGGAUCAACGUAAUCUCGCCCUUCAUAGCCUCCCGGAAGUAACGUUGUGUCGUCCAUCAUGGCCGAAAUGGAUCCUCCGAGUGGCGGCGCAGGCCAUCAUCCUCCGAUGCCUUCGGUUAGGACCUCCUCGCUGCCGAUGGCUGCUGCUCCGAUGCCCCAACCGAGGAGCAUAACGGCUCAGGCAGUAGUUCACCAAGCCCCAUCGCAGCAACCUCAGAUUCAACAGUCGCAGCCGCAACAGCAACAGCAUCUUCAGCCUCAAGUGAUCGUAGCAACCGGAGGCGGCGGCGGCGCCGUCGUCGUUCCCCAGCAACCAUCCAGCAACAAUCAGAUCUACAAUCCCUCGCCUAACCCGACGGCGGCGGCGGUAGCAACCGCUAAUCUCCCUGGCAACGCCGUUCCCAUUGGUGGCAACACCGGCCUACUGAGCGGCCCGCGGAUUGUCGUUCUCCAUCGGCACAAUGGCGACUUUGGUUUCACGCUGCGACACUUUAUCGUGUAUCCACCGCCGGAAGCAACUACGGACCCCAACACCGACCGUCUAGCGGCGGCUGCCGGAAUGCCCAACUUUGCCCAACCGAUGGAUACCGUGUUUGUGAAGAAGGUGCACCCGAACUCGCCGGCCUUUUUGGCCGGGCUGCAGGAGGGCGAUCGGUUGCUGGCCGUGAACGGGCUGUCGGUGGCCAGUUUGCCGUAUGCCCAGGUGGUGGCCACCAUUCAGCAGACGCCGAAGACGCUGACGCUGCAGGUGGUGCCGAAGAACUACGAUCUGCUGCAGACGUACUUCAGCGAAACGGCCUACAACCCGGAAACGAAUCAACGACCCCAACCGCAGCAGCUGUUCAUUCCAAAGGCGUCCUCGACGCCCAACUCGCGGUCCAGCAUUGCAAGUGGCGGAGGCGGCAGUGUUGGGGUCGGAGUCAAGCGCGUCCUAACCGACCAGGAAAAGCAAGAAUCGCUCUACAGCACGCUGCAGGAAAUUGUCGAGAAUGCCGCCGCGAACAAGGCGAUCUACGCCGAGGUUCCCAAGAUCCGAUCGCCUCCGAUGGCGGCCGAAGCGCCUCAAUCCUUGCAGCAGCAGCAGCAGCAAAGAUCGACCGUGGCCAAGCCGCUCGUUUUCGACUUUGAUCCUGCGAAGCAGCAGCACUACCUGGCCCAGCAGCAACAGCAGAAACCGCUGCAGCACAGCAAGGACAGCGAUUCGAUCAGUUCAUACGACUCGGUGAAAUCCGCCGCCACCCUUUCGGCCAACGAUGUCCAACUGAUGGGCGGCGGCGACAGUGCAAUAAUGUCCCGACUGCGGAAGAGUUUCGAACAGAAGGAGGAAUUCCUGAGGCGACCGGCCCCGGCUCCAAGUUCCGCCGGUGCUCAACCGUCCGUCGCUGCUCCCUUCGAUGUCCAGCAGCGGGAAUUCUACGGUCGGCCCAAUCGGUUACAGAAAUCCGUGUGGCCACCGCCCCCCGUACAGCAGCAGCAACCUCCCCCCUCCAUUACUACCAUGCCUGUGAUAACCUCCAACGAGCACCACCCUCAAGAUUCCUUAUCCAAACCAUCGAAAAUGUCCUCCGGGACACAAACGGCGGUGCCCACGGUCCCGGCCAAGCCGAUUCCAUCCUCCGGAAGCAGUCUGGCGACUGUACGCGAGCAACACUCGUCCCACCUGUCCGCGAUCCGCGAACAAUUCUUCAGCGGCAUCAACGGACUAGCCUUCUCGGAAGCUCCGCCCAAAUCGGCCCCUCCCUCGCUGGCCUUCCAGCGGGAACAACAGCAGCAACACCAGCUGAGCGGAUCCCAAUCCGCCUUGCCCCUGUCGCCGCAAAGUAUGCACGUCGUGUCGGAGAAGGCCAAACUGUUCGAGUCGGGGCGGCCCCUCUCGCCGGACGGCGUCGACCGUGCCGAGCUGUACAAGAGCGAACUCAGCCGGAUCAACACCAAACAGGUGGUGGCCAACGUGGCCGUCCGGCGGAAAGAGUUCGAACUGAAGGCGGAGAGCACCGGCUGGCGAAGGUCGACAGAAGAGAAACCCCGCUCGGUCAGCUCGGAUUCCGACUCCCGUCGGACGCCAAUCCGGGUGCGAUCGCUCUCUGUCGAAUCAACCCACACCAAGGAUCUCUCCGCAGCGGCGACGGCAUUGGCUACGAGCGGAAGUAGCGACGAUCAGCAAGUCCUGGCCAGCAAGGAGCCGACGGCAGCUCCGGGAGUUUGCACUCUGCUCCGACAGCGACCGGUUCGGGAGAACUCCUACCGCAAUGCAGUCCGUAACUCGACAGCAUUUUGGUUACAAGGACCGGCCACAUCGGGAGCAUUCGUACCGCCCCCCUCGGCACUGAUGAUCAGCCCUCCGUCCUCGGCACCUCCCACCCAGUCCCACUCCUCGUUCCCCUUCUCGCCUUCUUCUCUGAACCCCCCAUCCACCCUGGCCCCGGUUCCCCCGGUUCGAACCUACGCAGCGGCGCACCACCGGCUCCACCCCCUCUCCGAGGAACAGUUCAAGCUGCGGAUGCUGCACCGCAAUCAGACCAUCGUCGAAGUGCACAGUCAACCGCCGACGUCCCUUGCGGAGGCGAUCGACGGAGGAGGUUCCAUCGGGGCCAUCAGCAACAGCAGUUCCGACGAGGGCGGAAUGGUGGGGCGGGGUGCCGGCGGCGGUGGUGUCGCCUCUGCCGACAGCGACGUGGACAUGAAGCCGGCGACAUCGACGCAGAUCACCGGUCUGGGUGCUACUGUUCCUUCUACUACUACUGCUAGCAUCAUUGGUGGCAUGAGUGCUCCAGCUCCUUCCACGGCGGCGACUCCGACGGCGGCUGUCCGACCGACCACAUUGAAUUUAUGUUCAGACUCCAGCCAGGUCGUCCUGCGCCAGAAGCAUCACCAUCAUCAGCUGCCGUCGUCAUCGUCCGCCCUGGCCAUCGAGGAGGAUGAGCGCAAAACCCGCCGGAUAUCGUACCUCCGAGCGACGGCCCACGAGAACCUGUUCCAGAUGAUGGAGAGUAGCGACCCGUCGGACAGUAGUCCGAUGUCGUUGCCACCGGAUACGCCCGAUACGGAACCGGAAGCGAACGUUGGGGACAUCCCAUCCCAGCAGGCCCAGCAAUUGCAACAGCAGCAGCAGCAGCAACAGUCGCAGCAAGCGUUGAGCUUGGUUGCUUCGCAACCGCAGCAACUGAAGAGCGCGUAUCGUCCCUGGAGACGUCCGCGACUCACCACCGACAUUCUGCCGCUGCGGAGAUUGUUCGACGAGUCAGCCCCGGUGGUGAACUUGCCGCCGAUCCUCGAGCAGCAGCAGAAGCAGCAUGCUUCGUCCUCGUCGGAACCGACGACUCCGACGACCCCCACGAAUCCGGACCCGGCCGGAACGGGAUCGGUUCUGGACCUGCGCAAGUUGGGCAGCGACGGAGAUGAGGGGAUGUCGCCUACGGCUCCUCCAAGAGCUCACUGGAGUGGUGCGUCGGGGAUUCAGCAGAAGCAGAAACGAUCGUCGUCGCUGACGACGGCCAUGCUGAGUAGUCAGCUGGGCGGGAGCAGCCUGGGGAAUCUGCACGUGAUCACCACCACUUCGGCUUCCGGGGUCGUCACCAGGAGCUACUUCUUCGCUCAGAGCCACAGUGCCAAAUCGAAGGCGUUGGCCCACUUCCGGGACUCGCCGGCGGACCCGUCGGUUCCGGUCCUGCGGGAAGGUGAACUCAACAUCAAGGUGACGCUGAUCGACGGGAAGCGGUCGCAGGAUCGCAGUUGGCGAACGGUCCAUGCCGAGUUGCGUGGCAACCGGCUGCGGUUGACGUUGCUACGCGACACCGGCAAGGCGUCCAGUCAGAGCCCCGAACCGUCCGGAAUAAUCGAUCUCACCAACUUCCACGUGGCCGAAGGGAACUACACCAAGCGGAAGAACGUCUUCAAGCUGACCACUGUUGGGGGCUACCCGAAUCCGCACCUGCAGCAGCAACACCACCACCCGCACCAGCUGCAUCCGUUUGCCAUGAUGGGCGGAGGAGGUCCAACGGCAGCCCAGUCCCAUCAGCAUCUGGCGGUGCACCACACGCAGUCGGCCGGACUCAGUUCGGUGGGGCCAUCGUCCGGGUCGCCGUCGCUGUACAAGGGCUACGAGCGGGAACUGCUGCUGCAGGCCGACUCCCACAACGAUAUGCGCCUGUGGAUGGACUCGCUGCGGACCGUCUGCCGGAGCAGUCAGUACCUGAAUAGUAGUGACUACAUCAACAACCUGGGAGGUCAGCAGGCGGAACCGCAACGGGUGGCCGCCCUAACCAGCGUGCAAUCGACGAGCAAUGACGAAUUUUCUCCGGUCCUCUCGGCGAAGUCCCACCGUAAGUAUGCUCUGGGGUCGCGAUCACCCUCGGGUCAGUCGCCGGUCACCAAGAGCCGGAAGACUCCGCAGCAGAGCUCCGUUGCCGUGUUGACUCCGGCGGCCGUAUCCAGCGGCAAUCAAUCCCACAGCGGGAAGGAGAGUUCCGAUAAGGAAACCGGUUCGCCCAAGUCCAAGACCUGGAAGGGCAUCGUAGCUCGCCAGUUCCGGAAGAUGCAAGGCCAACCCGGAUCGCCGGGUGCCCAAAACGCCGAAAUGCUUCUACCGGACGGAGCCUCCAUCAACGUUCCGCUACAACUCUGUCCACCUUCGGACGAAAAUCCCUACGUACCCCUUCUACUGGCCAAGUGCACCAACAUUGUCGAAUCCAGAGGUCUCGGCGUGAUAGGAAUUUACCGGAUACCGGGCAACACCGCAGCCAUAUCCCAACUGACCGAACAGGUCAACCGCGGUAUGGACGAAGUGACCCUCCGCGAUCCCAAGUGGGACGACGUCAACGUCGUUUCGUCCCUCCUCAAGUCCUUCAUCCGGAACCUCCCGGAACCGUUGCUCCCGAACGAGAUGUACCAUAGCUUUAUCAACGCCGACAAGCUGACCGGCCAGCAAAGACUGAUCGAGCUCCGGCAGCUGCUCCACCGGAUCCCGGCGUACAACUACGAAACGCUGAAGCACCUGAUGCGCCACCUGAACAUCGUGUCCACAAAUGCGCAGGUGAACCUGAUGGAUCCGCGCAACCUGGCCAUCGUGUUCGGGCCUUCGGUGGUGCGGUCCGCCAACGAGUCGCUCGAGACGGCCGUCAAGGACAUGAAACACCAGUGCCAGAUCGUCGAGGUGCUCAUCAAUCAUUAUUCCUACUUCUUCGAAGACGAUCUAUUGCCGAGUGUGGUGGAGAAACCGUCGACGACCACCGUCGAUUGCGGCUUGGACGUGCCGUCAGCGUCGCUUUUGCUGGAUAAUGUUUCUAAAAUUGAACCCUUCAAAGAAUCAUCCAAGGAGAGUAGCUCCCACUUUGUGGCUCAGAUCGUGCAGGCGGCCAAUAGAAAGAUUCGAAGAACGGCACAACGAAAGAGCACCAUGUCCUCGACGACGCCGGACACCCUCUCACUGGACAGUACAACGUCAGCGGAAUCGAAGGAACAGUCAUCCCGAUCGUCGUCCCAGCAGCACCACCACCAUCACCGAUACCUACAUCCGAGCAGUGCCGGACCGGUUCCCGUUGCGGACCACAACCAGUCGCCGCCGGAUCCGGCGGCCAGUCCCGGAGUACACUCUGACGACAGCCAGAAGGAGAACCUGGUCCAUCAGCAGCAGCAGCAAUACUACCACCAUCGUCACCAUCACCAACAACAACAGCAACAGCAGCAGCAGCACCAUUUCUACCACCAUGUACGGGGGGAACCGGGUGGCCUCGGCGGAAAUCGGCACCACAGCACCACCAGCCAGAGCAACGACGACAACUCAUCAGUAUUAAACCGAUCGUCCGAGGACGACUCGAACGAUAGCGCAUUUGCCGAUAAUGGUUCGAUGUCCCUGAACACGAUCACGAUCGCGCUGGACAACAAGCUGCGCUCGUUGCGCAACUCCUCCAUCGACUCCGACCGGGACGUGGUGGACACAACGCUGGAAAGCGACUGCGACAACAGCAGCAGCUGCUACAGUGCCGGCGGUCCCCUGGGGGCCAAUUCGACUCCCACGCGCCGCUCGGUGCACCACUCGCGCCCCCUCACCCUGGGCGAGAACAUUCCAUACGCGGACGAAUCGCCGGAACGGCCGCUGAUCCAGACCCGGUCGAAACCGCUGCGGCAGCAUAACAGCAGUAAUAAUAACGGAAACUUCCCGAAGGCUACGGUGGACAGCUCGAGCAACAGCAAUCUGAUCAACAACAACAGCAGUGGCAACGGCAACGCGGACGAUUCGGUGAAAUCGGCCCAAUCCCAGAAGUCCAUCGACAGCGGCGGGACGACCACGAACUCCAACGACAGCUGCGUCACGCUGGUCAACGAGGACGACGACGAAGACGACAAGGUGAACAACAUCUCGCUGAGCUCGGACGAUACGGACACGUCCACGACGAGUAAUCCGCGGGAGAAGCUGACCUCCACCUACCGGAUCGAUACCGAAGUGCUGAAGAAGAUGAACCGCAUUCUGACCAAUCUGGAGCGGAAGGCCAACAACCUGGAGCGGAAGUUCAACCUGAACCGGUCGCUGUCGCUGAACUACAAAAACCACAAGAAUCUGGAGUGCUGCUGUGGGCAUGCGGUACCGACGGCUGCUACCGGAGCCGUGAUUCCCUGCUGCCACAACAACAACAACAACCUGCACGGCCACCAGAACCAGAACAGCAUCCCGAGCGUGGUCAGCAUGAACAACAGUCUGAAUCUGCGAUCGCGGCUCAUGCUGACCAAGGACGAGAAGACGGACAAAAAUAUCAACCGGCGGCGGCAGAUUCACGACAUCAGCCAGACGGUGCCGGCGUCGGGGACGGAGGCCGGGGCGUGUUGUGGCGCCGGUCCGCAGAUUAUCCUGACGCCGACUACGGCGGCGGUCAAUCCUUCGGCACCGAGUGGCCGAACUCGGCGGCAGAUGGGCAAUAGGUCCAUUCGGAGGAGACACACGGUCGGGGGAACUCACGAUUACUACUCGACGGGGACGGCGGCGGGGAAUAAGCAUAGCGGGGCGGGACACAACGGGUGUCCGCAGCAGCAACAGCUUCAACAAGGUGGGACCAGAGUGAUAGGGGCCUGCGGGACCGGAGCGGUGCCGCAGCAGGGGGUUCGCGGGGGCGACGAGAAGGAGGUGUGAUGGAACUGAGAGGUUUGAUUCCAUUAGAAGGUGAGAAGGGAGGUGAUUUUUUGUGCAAAUUGGGAAAUUUGUUUUGUUGUUUUGAGAAGUUUUCGGUAGGAAGAAUGGAUUCCUACGUGGUUUGAUUUAGGUGGAUUUUUAUAGGUUCCAAUGUGGGACCUAAAGCGUUUUGAGUCUUUUUGUAAGUUGUAUCGAGAAAAUUGUAGUUUCGGCGUUUGUUUUCUUGGCGUUGGUUGUACAAAACAUUCCUUUACUAAUAUUUUGUAAAAUUGCUUAUCUAAAGAGAUAAUUUAUUUUUCUUAUAAAUCUUAUUCCAAUAUGAUUUGGUUUAAACAAUGUUCACAAUUUAUAUUUCUUCCAAUAAACGUUUAGCAGAAAAAAAUGACGAUUUUCGAACUCGCAGUAUUUGGAGAACCGUUCGGUCGACACUCGCUACUGAACGGACCACACAAGUUAGGGAAAUAUCGACUUGCAGAACUAGAAAAUCAUUGCAACUGCGGUUAGGGGACCAUCAAGUAAGCCAUGGAACUAUUACUACAGCUUUAUGAGUCGAGAAAACGAAAUGUUAUGGUUACUAUGAUGGGCAGGCAUUGCAGAAUUCGUUCUCAUUGAUUUUGGGCCACGAUCGAAGCAAGCAAAAAAAUAUCCUAUGUGUUUUGUUGAAUUCAAUCUGUGUACUCAAUGAUUGGGCUUAAUGUACGAGUAGCGUGAGGUGAGCAUUGUCGGUCUCGUAUAGCGAGGUGACAAUUCUCGACCUCACGCCACUUGCAGAAUAAUCCCAAAUGAUAGCUCGUCCCGUAGUAAAACUUGCUGUUUGGAUGAUUGAAAAGUAAUUUCCAUUCUUACUAAACAUAAAAGUCUUCGAACUUGAGCUAAAUAAUUGUUGAAGUCGCAAUUUUGAAGUCUCCAUUAGAGUCCUGAAGGUCCUACCAAUGUGCCGGAUAUGAAGCUGAAAAGAGCUGAAACUACUGUCCUAAUCAUUCUCAUAGGUAACUAUCGAAGUCUCUACAAAAAGAAUCCGAUAGUUUCGGACUUGGAUUUCUUGAAUUUUCAGCGAUAGCAAUAGAAAAACAUUUUAUCGUUCCGACAGAAUUUUCUUCCGGCGUUCUUCAGGAUUUUCUCCAUAAUUUCUAACACUGCAGUAGCAACUCAAAAAUUUCUACUGAAAUAGGAAGUUCUACCAUAGACUCUUUGUUGGAUUCCGAAAUAUUCUACCAAAUUGUCGUGAAAGCUUCAAAAAUUUCAACCGGAAAUCUGAGACCUUGAGAGGGGCUUAUAACAGCUUGAUGCGGUUUAAAAUGGCCUAAAAUAGCUUGUAUUGUUUAAAACUGGUUUGGUUGGAAACGAGUUUGAAAUGGCUUUGAAUAAAGUCGACUUCAAACAGCAGAAAUUA